UACAGUUGAUAAUGAUGCUGUGACGGCAGAUGAUGCAAAACUGGAGUCCCAAACAGAACCACACGGCUCAAUGGAAAAUUCGAAUAAAACGAAAUCGAGUGCAUCUGGGACCAACAGUAGCCACAUCAAACCAACGAUUCUUUCAUCACUGCCGGCAGCGAUGACGACGAUAAUAAAUUGUGCCAACCCCAGAGAGCACGCAUUGCCAAAUGACAACUUAGAUGACGAUUAUUUAAGUGAAUGCGAAAAUUGUAAAUCUUCGGGCAAUACGCGCUAUUAUUUGGAAUUGGAAGAUGAUAACAAGUGUAUAACUCCAGUUCAAGAAACUAUGACCUUACAACGUAAAGUUCCGGAUGCUACCGAAGAAGAACAACCAAAUUAUUACCGUGUGUCAUCAACGUUGCCAACUAGUAGUAGCAAAAGAAUCAUACCCGCAGUGGAUAAAGAUCGGGUUGCAUGGUUUUCAACAAUACCGGCCAGUUCUUCAUCCGAUGAUGACGAAAAGCCGAAGCGUCGUAAAUUGAUAGGAGCAUCAAUAAAACCCUAAUGGACCCGCCGUUAAGUACAUCAGUGUUACUAUAAAAAUGGUGAACUUGAACGCGUAAAGCAGGAUAUAAAACACAGAUAAGAUUCGUCAGUAUUGUAGAAUAUGAUACUAUUGUUUUCCACAGGGAAUUUUACUUUUCACGUUUAUUUGUGUUCACAUUAGAUCGGAAAAAUAAAACGCCAUUUCAUAAUACUAGCAAGAUUUAAAAGUCUCAUAAAACUCAAGUAGUAUAGCAAAUACACAUGAUAGGUAAAAACGUGUCAACCACCAGGGAAGGAUGAAAGAGAAAUAAAUAGCAUACGAGGUUUUAGGAAGUAAUGAACAACGAUAUAAUGGAUGAUGAAAUAAAUUAAUGUAAUUAACAGUAAUCAACAAAUACAUCAUAAAUUAUCAAUAUUUGUUUACAAAAAUCGGCAGUAAUAAUAACAAUAGUAAUAUCAACGGUUUAUGCAUAUUAAACGUAAUCAUUUUAUGUUGCCAAUAUGUGCAAUUAUGUUGGGCUGAGAACCCCCCUCGGUCUUACUGCUAGUUUGAAUCGUUGCCAAACAGUUUAUAAUUUAUGGUAAUACAGAUACAAAUUACGUGGCAUAGAUAAAUAAUAACAUUAAAUUUCUUAAAUAACUUUUAUCAUUGUUAAAUGGUCGAUAACUAUGGCUCGGCUAUAUAACAUUUUGAAUAUAAUUAUUACAAUUACAUAGAACUCCUUUUCAGUUACUGUCUUGCUACCUCAGCUUAGCAGAAACAUGAUUGAAACAAUGUAGCUAAACGAGCAGGUAGCGAACAAAAAGAAGCUAAACAAAUCUUUUCAUAUUUUCAUCGGACUAGUAAAUACCUGCACGGUCUCUACUAGUUUCCUAUGUUCUAAUGCAGUAGUUCCAAUGGGGUGGCCGAUUCUUACGCGUAGUUUUGUGUUUCGAUGGCACAACCCCACAACAGAUUA